UGGCUGAGUCCCAGCCUGUUUUUUCCACUGGGUGCCGGCCUCUUUUGCUUCCGGUGGAAGUGCUCUGAGCUCUUGGACAAUUCGUCUUACACGCUCUUGGACAAUUUGUCACUCGUCGCACUCGAUAAAAUUGGGGCUGGGCAAAAAAUCCCUAUUGGUCCUUAGUUGCCACUCGUCGCACUCGAUGCCUAUCAAAUAUCUGAGAAUUGAAUUCUUCCGACUCUCACUUUUCUCACUCCGUCUCUCUCAGUCGCCGGCCGUCCACUCCUCCUCCUCUCCAAUCUCUCUCACGGUCUCACCUCCACCACAACCAUCGUGACUUCGUCUUCUCUCAUGGUAAGUCAAUUUCUUGAAUUUGUUUGCAUUUUAUAAAAUUAGGGUUUUAAUUUUUAGAUUCAAAUUGGGAUUGGAAUUGAGGGUUUCUCUGAAAUUGUAAGAUUAGGGUUUUAAUUUGUCGCUGGAUUUUGUAGUUUUGAUGUAGUUAACCUCAAUCUUUAACACUAAUGUAAUUGGGAUUGGAAUUGGGGGUUUCUCUGAAAUUGGGGUUUUCUCUGAAUUUGUUUGCAUUUGAACUUGGGGGUUUCUCUGAAAUUGGGGGUCUUUAACAUUGUAAUCCUUCCGUUGUUUUACCAUCGCCAUAUUGGAUGAUACUAUCGAUUGCUUUUAUUAAUGGGAUGAAAAUGAUCCCAAUCUGUCUAGCUUCAAUUGAAAAGAACUGGUUCAAUUUGGAUUCUGUACGGGUCAUCAAACUAAAUACUAUCGAUUCGAUUCUGUGUUCUGCAUUUGUGUUCUUACUUGUUCAUCAAACGUACGGGGUGGGUGUUGGACCCUUGCUGCGUCUCGAAGGGGUAAUUGCUUUUAUUUUAUAUGAAUUGAACUUAUUAGUUAUUAAGGCAUUUAGUUUGAUGUUUGCUAUUACAUUUGGAUUUUAUUAAUGCCAUAAGGCUUUGACUUGAACUUUGAUUUUUCAUUUUGGUUUGUACUAAUGCAUUUACUUGAACUUUGUUGUUGGAUUGAAUUUUGUAUGCUCAGAUUAGUCAUGUAGCAGGCUAGCAGCAGGGAGAACUCAAUUUUUGUUGCAUCUAUAUGCUCAGAUUAGUCAGAUUAGUCUGACUUUUGCUUUUGUUAAUUUUGAUCUCCUUAAUUUUGGGAUGGAUGUUUUCACUAUAUCCAUCAUCUCAGAAGCAGGGAGACUCUGUUGGUAUGGAUAAGCUGAACAAUUUAGUCAUGUGCACUGUGCACUUUGUUAAUUUUGGGCCAAAAACUGAUUUGGGCAUUUUUUUUCACAAAAACUGAAAAACACUAAAACAGGCCUUGUUCCUUAAAGGCCCAUAACCGAACCGAACCUAUACCUAGACCUAACCGAACCGAACCUAUUAGGUUCUGUACUAAGUCGGUACAACCAUUCAUACCGUACUGAACCGUACCAAAAUUUUACUAUGGGUUCGGUUUCGGUACCAUCUCGGUACCGAACCGUGCCCAGGCCUAGAUAAAAUCGAGAUAAGAUCCUUAUAUACUUGUACCAUCCCACACCACAAUUCAUAUGUGAAGCUCCCUCCCUCUCUCUCUCUCUCUCUCUCUCUCUCUCUCUCUCUCUCGUGAUGCAGCUUCGACGAUGGAGUAUCGUCAUCGUCGCCACAGUCUUUGCAACUGUCAUCCAAGCGUUUUCCACGGCAAACUCCCUCCAAGAAGCGGAUAAAUUCACAAGGUUGCCAGGUCAACCACAAGUCAACUUCCAGCAAUAUGCAGGAUAUGUAACUGUGGAUGAAAAGCAAGAGAGAUCUCUUUUUUACUACUUUGUUGAAGCACAAACUAAUCCUGCUUCCAAGCCUCUUGUUCUUUGGCUCAAUGGAGGUCCUGGUUGUUCAUCUGUUGGAGUUGGAGCUUUCAACGAGAACGGACCUUUUCAACCAAGCAGAGACAUUUUACUCAAGAACGAUUUUAGUUGGAAUAGAGAAGCAAAUAUGCUGUACUUGGAGUCACCUGCAGGAGUUGGCUUUUCCUACUCAGCAAACAAAUCAUUUUAUGGCUACAUGAACGACGAUAUCACAGCACGAGAUAAUAUCGAGUUCCUUCAGCGCUGGUUCGACAAAUUCCCCGAGUAUAAAAAUAGGGAUUUCUUUAUCACAGGAGAGAGCUAUGCAGGCCACUAUGUUCCGCAGCUUGCACAACUCAUUAUCCAAUCAAAACUGAAGUUCAAUCUGAAAGCAAUAGCAAUUGGCAAUCCUCUUUUAGAAUUCAAUUCUGAUAAAAACGCACAAGCAGAGUACUGGUGGUCUCAUGGAUUAAUAUUGGAUGCGACCUUCGAUUUGACUUCAGUCUGUAACUUUUCUGAAAUUGUUAGACAGAUAGACAUUCGUGGUGGUCCACUUAGCCCUGCUUGUGAUGCAGUAGCGAACCAAUUUGAAAGUGAAGUCCCUGACCAUUUGAUCAACCAAUAUGACGUUACUCGCAAUGUCUGUUUAUCAUCGGUCGAGGCUCAAUCUUUCCAACUGCGAAAAACAGAGAAGAUAGAUGUCUGUAUCGGAGAUGAAACAGUUACAUACUUAAACCGACCAGAUGUACAGGAGGUGCUUCAUGCCCGAGUCACAAAUUGGACAACUUGCAGCAACAGAGUUGUCAUCCAGUAUGACAUGAAAAACCUGGAAACACCGAUGCUUCCAGUUUUAGGUGACCUUGUCAAGUCUGGAAUUCGGGUUUUAAUUUACAGUGGAGAUCAAGAUUCUGCUAUUCCACUAACGAGUACACGGACACUGGUGAACGGAUUGGCAAAGGACUUGGGGCUACAAACGAACGUGCCUUACAGUGUCUGGGUUCAAGAAAAACAGGUUGCUGGAUGGACACAAGUAUACAGUGACGCUUUAUCUUACGCUACCAUAAGAGGAGCAGGCCAUGAAGCUCCAAUUUCGCAGCCAGAGAGAUCACUACUUAUGUUUGCCUCAUUUCUGAGAGGAAAGCCACUGCCAAAAGCCAUCACUAAGUACUAACUGACCAAAUUGCAGAAAUCAAGAAGAAGCAUAUAUAUUCAUUUCUUACGCGUGAACAAAUUGUGAGAAAAUCGGACAUUUGGAGGAAUGACCGGCAACAUCCGAAUAAAACUUCUCCCAUAUGUUAAAAAGAGUUUAUUUGACACUCCAGCAGAAAUCGAAAAUGUUCGUCUGAGUUAUUAACAACUUUAAGGAUGAGUCCAGUACAUGGCACCCAACUCGUCAAAUCCACUGGACUUGUGAACAAAAUGAGCAUGGUUAAUAGCCAACUUAUACAAAGCGCGUUGUAUUUCAAACCAAUAACGUACAUUUACAUCA